AGGUUGUAUAACCCCAUUAUCCACCAAUAUACGUGAUAUUUGUGUAAUCAUAGUUCUAAAUAAAUCAGAUUUGCUUUAUAUGUGUCUUGGUAGCUGUUAAUUUCUGCAGCAAGUCGUUAUCAAGGACUUGUAACUAUUACAUUAUCAUUAUACAUUUAGGCUCCUUCUAGUUGCAAGUAAAGGGAAAUGAAGGGAAGUGAAAUUAGUUUAUGAAAAUAGAAGGGGUUAUAAUCAUGACGGUGUAACUAACUUAAAAUCUUACAAAAUUUAUGGUCAUUAAACUUUCAAAUGGAAUCUAUAGUUCCCUAUUCAAAUCCAAGAAUUUGAUAGCAAAAGUAAAAAAUUUGAUUACUUAAUUUGGAAUGUUUUUUUGGGUGUACACGGUCACUGUUGGCAAUGAUUACAGAAGUUUAUAAUUCACUUUGUUUUAAUUUCAGUGCUCCUAUCUUUACUUUCACUUCCAACCAGAUUGAGCCUUAAGUAUGGAAGCUCUCAAAGUUGGUUUUGAAUGUCCAAGUUUAUAUGUUCUAGAUAACUUUAUUUUAUCCAGUGAAAACUUUUUUCAGAUGAUAUCAUGUCUAUGCAACAUUAGAAAUUUCACUGUGAGGGGGAGUUACUUUUUCCCCCUUUUUUUUCUGUCACUUUAUUUAGAGUACUUGGCUUUCUGCAAGCUGUCAACAUGUGAGGUAGAUUGGAACUACACUCCCAACUUUCUUUGUAUGAGGCUUGAAGAGGGUCAAAUUCCAAACAAUAAAUCAAGGUUCCUAGGAGUUGAAUGGUAUCCAAUAUUUGGAGGGUCUGGCACUAACACUCUAAGUUGUUUCAGACUUCUAUGAAGCUGGCACUGGUCUGAUUGAAUCAUUUACAGCUUUACAAGAGAAUUGGAUUAGCUUAGAACAAAAUCAUUAUGAUAUAUGCCAAAUGUGUGACUGUGAGUGCAUGUUCUGCUUUACAAUUUCCUGUUGGUCUUGUUUUGUCAACUGAAUUCCCCUUUCAUGCCUUGAGCUAUGCAUGUUCAUUGCAACUGUUCAUAUUGCUGUAUUUAUUGGUAAAAUCUUAUUAUAACCAAACUACCAAAGUGGUGAACUGAGAAGUUGUAACCUUACUUUUUUGCCAUUUUAAGAAAACUGUUUUUUUCAAUGAGGGUAAAUUCUGUCAUUUCACAUAUAUACUACAUUAAAUAAUGCUUGAGAAUAAGACAAUGGGCAAUUAAAAGAAGGUUACAACUUGUUAGUUCACCAUUUGGUGACAAGAUGCACUCAUGCACCCUUAUUUUAUUGCUUUUUUCUCAUUUUCUUUAGAAGUAUUUGUCAGGAGUGGGGGAAAUUGGAAGUUGUACCCUGCCUUGCAUGCAUGUCUGGGCAGAGACCCAAGUUUGACUCAUCUGGAUAUCUUAUGCCUAAUAUUGACUUGGUUGUAAUUGACCAUAACUUUCUGAUCAUUGACACUCUUCUAGGCUGUUGCAAUAGGGAAGAACAUGGUGAUUGUCCCAUCAAAUAUUUGCCGAAUUGUUGAUUAUGUGUCUCAUUAGUCUUAUUAUUAACGUUGGGUAGCAUGGAUGUCUGCCAACAGUUGCAUGCUAGAGGCCAUGGCAUUAGAAGGCGAUGUUUUGCAAGGCCCUAUUUCAAAUUCAAAAGGUUCUGACCAGAUUGGGGAUGCACUCUCCUCAGAAGAUGUAGCAUGGGUUGAUUCUUGCUUGGUUAAUGAUCCUGAACUGUUUGAUAGUGAUUGGGAUGCUCUAAAAGAUGCACUAUUAGACAUUGUCAAUUCCCAAUCCAAUUCACAUAUUGAGACUUUGGAAGCUGAAAAUGGUUCACAUUCAAGAGAAACUUCUGGUGAGCUUCUUCCCAUGAAUGAGGAUGACGAGGCAGGAAGUGCAUCAUAUCCAGAAGGAACUGGUGUUUACCUCGUUCCUUCUAUUGAAGAAACAAAAAAUGCACAAUUUCCAGAUGUAACUGAUGAUGACCUUGUUCCUGACAGUGAAAAAGCUGAAACAGCAAGAUAUUGCAGUUACGUGCGAAGUGACUUCCUGAAUCCUCAUGAUGCAGGGGAAAAUGGAGAUGAUGGAGUAGAUUUAUGGUCCACAAAUGAGUUUGACUCGUCAUCUGGUGAUAUCUUCAAGGUCUGGGAUCUGGAUACACCUACUGAGGAAGAUGAACUUGUCAAACAGUUAAAAAAGGCUCUUACAGAAAGUUCCCUGCGAGCUACACCAUCAACUCCAGAUGGUGGCACUGAUUCAAAUGAGGAAGCACUUGAUGAUCUAAUUGCUGGCAUUGCUGAUCUAUCUUUGCAUCCAUACUCCAGUUGAAGAUGUUUUCAUUAUAGGCCCCAGUAUAUAUACUCAUGUAUAAUGAUGUUUUUAUUUGCUUUAGCUCACCAUUGAGUUCUUAAAUCUUGAAGUGAACAAAGAAAAAUUGGAGUUUGAACUAUGUGAAAAGCUGGUGAAUUCAACUGAAGUUAUAGAAGUAUUGUGGACAUUUCAAAAA